AUGGCGAGCAACGAAGAGAAAGAUCCUGCCGCGAUGUCUGAAGCCACGGCUUCGAAGGACAGCAACAACGCGAGCACAUCUGAACUCGACGACGAACACAACAUCUCCAGAGGAAGUCUCACCCUCUUAACGACAUGCAUUUGCCUCGCCGUUCUCCUCCUCUCCCUCGACAGAACCAUCGUCGCCGUCGCCAUCCCCCACAUAACCAACACCUUCCACUCCUUCCCCUCCAUCGGCUGGUACGCCAGCGCCUACCUCCUAACCCUCACCGCGCUGCAACCCCUCUUCGGCCGCCUCUGCACCCUCCUCCCGACCAAACCCAUCUACCUCUCCGCCUUCGCCACGUUCCUCCUCGGCUCCCUCAUCUGCGCCCUCGCCCCGACAUCCCCCGCGCUCAUCGUCGGCCGCGCCAUCGCGAGGACGCGGCCGGCGUGGAUCGCGGGCGUGUCGUUGUGGUAUAGUCUCGGGGCGAUUGUGGCGCCGCUGGUGGGCGGGGCGUUGACGGAGAAGGUGAGUUGGCGGUGGUGUUUUUGGUUGAAUUUGCCGGUUGGGGGACCGGUGGUGUUGGGGAUGGCGGUGCUAUUCCGUCCGCCAAAGCAGCGAGAACGGGGAGGGAAGAGUGUGCUGUCGAAGAUCUCAUCGUUGGACAUCCUGGGUGUCGUCCUGCUCCUCGGCGCAGCAACAAUGCUCUUCUACGCCCUGCAGCGAGCAGCCGAUGGGACACCUUGGAACAACUCCCUGAUCAUCGGCCUCCUCAUAGGAUCCAUCAUCACAACCCUCCUCUUCGCAGCCUGGCAAGCCCACCAAGGCUCAAACGCCCUCAUAACCCCCCGUCUCCUGAAACAACGCACGAUCCUCUCCGCCGGAAUCGCCAAUAUCGCCAUGUACGCCGCUUUGACCGCAUAUAUCUACUUCCUGCCGCUUUACUUCCAGGCCCUCAAAGGCGCCAGCGUCGUCGGCUCGGCUGUGGACCUCUUACCCCUGGUUGUGGCGUGCAGCGUCUUCUCGAUCGUAGCAGGAGUGCUUGUCACGAAAAUCGGCUACUUCACGCCUCCCGCCGUCUUCGGUCUCUCCCUUACAAUCAUCGGAGCUGGACUCAUGACGACGAUCAACGAGAAUACAAGCACGGCACACUGGGCGGGCUAUCAAAUCCUCCUUGGAACAGGACUCGGCCUAGCAUUACAAUCCGGCUUCUUCGGCGUCCAAGCCGUCCUCCCUCCCAACGACAUCCCCAUGGGCACAUCCUUAAUGGCAUUCUGCCAAAGCCUAGGAGGGGCUCUAGGUGUGAGUGUCGGCAACGCGGUCUUAUUAGAUGUCUUGCGAGGGCACGGAGAGGAGCUUCUUACGAAAGACGUGGACGUCGAGAGUGUCAUUGCUGCGGGGGCUACGGCGUUUCGAUCUUUCGUGCAUGGGGAGGGGUUACAUGCGCUUCUGGGGGCGUAUAGCCAGGCUUUGAGGCAGGUGUUUGUCAUGGCUGCUGGGUUUGUGGGAGGGGCGCUUUUGUCGGCUUGCGCUAUGGAAGUUCGGAAGGCGACUGAGAGGGUGUCAACAUCGACGAUCAGCGCCGUCGAGGAGACAGCGCCUAAACCCUGA